AUGCUCUACGCAGAGAAUCUGACGUCCAAAUUGCCGCCCUUGGCUAAAGUGGAAAGUCUCAACGAGGCCAUUGUGCGCCAACGCAGGCAGAUCUAUCCGAAUCAUCGUAAAGCCGGUUCACGCAAUAGUAAGUCCUCGAGCCACAGAUCACGACAUGCAGAUCUCCUCUCGCAACCUUCCGAAGGGUCAGACUCUAUCGACGCCGGUCCUGAACGCCGAUGUAGACGGCUGCAGAACCGCCGAAGAAAUAAUCGCUCCAUGAGCAUCACUUUGCCGGCAGGGAGUGUGAGUAGUCCCGAAGUGAUGAGCAACUUUAAUAUUCUUCGUCAGAUGCCUUUCUGGUCGCUGAAACAGGACGCCUUUCGUAGAAUGAUUAUCUUUCCGCUGCCCCGGGACGUCUUAGAGAGACAUAUCGGCCUGACUCUGGCCAGUAAAUUGCCAUUCUCGAGGUAUCCAGACCAUGAACUGGUGGAGGUGUUCUCGAUGAGACGGCCAGACAACAGUUUGCAUGCUCAGCGUCAUCGGGAAAAGUACGCUAAACGCUUGAAACGGAGAAAAUUUGGCAAGUCAAAAGCAUCUGCGCGUCUGAUAGGGCGAGAAUUGGUCGAUCAAGCGAUUGGAGUGGAGAAGCUCGUCUCGACGGAGUGCGUGAGUUCGACCCUCGGGGCGCCAGAAACUGAUGGACUCGAGGUUGGCGAGCAGAGUCGACCGGAGCUGACACAGCCCAGUUCUCAGGCCCAGGUUCUUAGAGUCCAACGAACACGUUCUCUUCCUGUCUCGCCGGAGCCGAAGAAGCGUCUGCGAACGGAGAGCUAUUUCAACCAGACGCAUGGUCCAGACGAACUGGGAGGCGCCAACGAGGCUGAGGAUGGAGAGGCGGAGGGCGAAACGAGCGUGGCCUACAGCGAAGAGCAAUACUCGGCCUUGGAGGACUUCCAGGCGGCCCUCAAUCGUUUCCAGUCGGUGGCCAGAGGCGCAGAGGUGACCCAGAGAAUGGCGAAAUGUCGGGCUUGCAAUCACAUCGCCUAUUCGGCCGAACGAGAAGUGGCAGCUGGCUUGGUUUUUCAUGCCGGCUGCCUUCGAUGCCACUCAUGUAGCACUCUGCUACAACGAGGCGCCUGGAAUUAUAGAGAAAACUACUUUUAUUGCAAUCCCUGCCAUCGUCGUUUGGCCCUGCAGACACUGCGCAACUGA